AUGGCCUCUUUGCUGCGACAGAUUGUAGCCGGGCCGAGAGCUAGGCAUCCCGAGGCAGGGCUCGAUCUUUGCUACGUCACGGAUUUCAUCAUAGCGACGUCUGGCCCCUCGCAGACAUACCCCCAGCUGGCGUAUCGGAACCCGCUGGACCGGCUGGUCGCCUUUCUCGACUCCAAGCACGGCGACGACUGGGCCAUAUGGGAGUUUCGCGCCGAGGGGACGGGGUACCCCGACGAAGCUGUCUACGGCAGAGUCCGCCACUAUCCCUGGCCGGAUCACCACCCGCCGCCGUUUCGCCUGGUGCCCAUGAUUAUGGCGAGCAUGAGAAACUGGCUGCACGGCGGCCCUCUCGACGACUCUGCGCCCACGUCGGCCAAACAGCACCCUCAGCAACAGCAGCAGCAGCAGCAGCAGCAGCAGCAGCAGCAAAAUGGUCGUCCUGCAGGCGCGCCAGACGCAGACCCCCCGCCAAGGCAGAGCAAGAGAAACCCCAAACGAGUCGUCGUCGUCCAUUGCAAGGCGGGAAAAGGCCGCUCGGGCACCAUGGCCACAAGCUACCUCAUCUCCGAGCAAGGCUGGACCGCCGAGGACGCCCUGCAGCGCUUCACAGCCCGUCGCAUGCGUCCCCAGUUUGGCGCCGGCGUUUCCAUCCCCUCCCAGCUCAGAUGGGUGAGCUACGUCGACCGCUGGACCAGGCACGGCAAGAAGUACCUAGACAGACCGAUUGAGAUUGUCGAGAUUCACGCGUGGGGCCUGCGAAACGGCGUCAAAGUCGACGUGGAGGGCUUCGUGCAAGACGGCAAGAAGAUCCACGUCUAUCACACGUUCUCCAAGCGGGAGAGGCUCGUGGUCGAGCCCGGCGCGCCCGCGGACGCGAGCCUAGGCGACAUGCUCUGGGACCUGGCGGGAUACACGGCGGCAGGCGGCGGCAGCAAGGCCCCGGAGGGCGCCGACUUUGCCGACGCGGCGAACCCGCCACCGCCGCGGGGGUCCCAAGCUCCCGCUUCGCGGCCGGCCGCUGCGUCGCCGGGGCCAAGCCCCGAAAGCCCCGACGACAAGAAGCACCAGUCGCUCGCGAGGAGAGGACCAGGCCUCAUCCUGCAGAAAGUAUCCGCGGGCGUGGGAAACGGCAUCGACAAGGCCAGGUCCAAGACGAGCAGCGCGGAGAAGACGGGACCCGGACCCGGGCGGCCCGAGAAGAGCCCGGGCCCGUCGGAUCACGCCGAGCCGGGCGGCCUGGCCGUCAUCUUCAGGCCCUUGAAGCCGGUGCGCCUCCCCCACAGCGACGUCAACAUCUCCGUGGAGCGGCGCAACCGGACGCACAAGAGCCUCAGCCUGACCAUGGUGUCGGCCGUGGCGCACGUUUGGUUCAACGCCUUCUUCGAGGGCAGCGGCCCGGAGCGGCACGGCAACGCGGACGCCAACGGCGUGUUCAGCAUCGACUGGGACGCCAUGGACGGCAUCAAGGGCUCGAGCAGGAAGGGGUCCAGGGCGCUGGACCGGAUGGCGGUGGUGUGGAGGGCGGUGGACGCGGGCGACCGGGGGGAGGAGGUUGACGAGCCGGCCGAGGGCCAGCCUGUCGCGCAGGCCGAGCCGGCGAAUUGGAAGGGCGUGGGCGCGGAGAGCGGCAAGGACGAGAGGGACCUGGGGCUGCGGGUGCAGUCGGAGGCGAGCGAGGACGUCAGCCGGGCGAGCAGUGUCAAGAGCGUAGAGCGGAACGCGGCGAAUGGGGAUGCCGAUAUCAAGGGGGUGAGGUCCAGCGGGCCCCGUGGCGAGGACUGGGGAAGCAAGUGA